CUCUAAUGUGAAUCUCGUUUUGUUGACCCUGACUCUGACUGUGACGCUGCACAACCGUCUGCUGUAGGUAAUUAUCUGGCUCUGAUGUGGGGGUGUCAUCAUGAGUCCACCCCCUCAGUCCAGACUGAAGAGUCUCGACGUGCAGACAUUCGUGCUCCCCUCAGGCGACAUCCACACUACCACAUUUUCAUUUUAAAGGCAUCCAGAUCACAGGGCUGGUCCAGCCAACACCUGUGGCACUCUCACAUAUUCAGAGCUUCUAAGUAGCUGAUGAGUUUGAGGUUGGUUUGAUAUGGACCUUAGUUUUGGUUAAUGAACAACGUGUUUGAAAUGUAAUCGAUCUGUAGACGCCAGCGUCCACCAGGGGGCGCUGUAGAUGAGGAGGCAUCAGCAAAAGGAUCUGACCACUUCUUUCCAAACAUUGAGCUGAAACUCACCGUAAAGCUGAGUGAAGCCGAGGGGAGCACUGCCUGUUACUCAAACAUCGACAUACACCAGCUGCUCAUUGAAUCCUUAUGAAACAGAAAAUCUCCCUCUCUCUCUCCUUGGUCGGCCCAUGACGUCACAGAGAGAGAGAGAGAGGGAGGGUGAUAAAGCCAGCUGCAGUCAGACAGUGGCAUCAGUCUGAAUGAAAACUAUCCGGAGCUUCACAGCAGAACAUUCAGCUGGUUUCACUGACGUCUCACUGUCACUUCAUCUGAUGGAGCCUCUCCACAGCAGCCUGAACAGUCCAGCUGUGGAGCUGAAGAGUCUGAAGCUGUGUGACCAGGGAGGUGCAGAGUCUGCAGACAGCGGCAUCGGGGAUGCGGACGACCUGCCAGUUCCUCAGCAGAUCCGGAUCAGUAACAUCACCUGCGAUUCAUUCAAAAUCAGCUGGGACAUUGACAGCAGAGGCCAAGAGAGGAUCACUCACUACUUCAUCGACCUCAACAAGAAAGAGAACAAGAAGGAGAACAAGUUCAAACACAAGGAUGUGCCAACUAAGCUGGUGGCGAAGGCGGUUCCCUUGCCGAUGACAGUGAGAGGUCAUUGGUUCCUGAGUCCUCGUACAGAGUACACGGUGGCCGUCCAGAUGGCUGCCAAACAUCCGGACGGAGACUACAGCGUUUCUCAGUGGAGCGAGGUCAUCGAGUUCUGCACUGCAGAUUACUCCUCCGUCCAUCUGAACCAGCUGCUGCAGAAAGCCGAGGCCAUCGCCGGCAGGAUGCUGCCGUUCACUGUCUUCUACAGAAACCAGCAGAGGGAGUACUUCCAACAAGACAGCCCCUCUUAUCCUUCCAGAGACGCUCAAUGCCGCCUAAUGCUGCCGGCAGUUAAAGACAACAGCGGCAGCCAUGGGUCACCCAUCAGCGCCAAACUGGAGGGGAUCUACUUCAGCUGCAACACAGAGUUCAACACAGGACAACCCCCCCAGGACUCCCCAUAUGGACCCUACCGCUUCCAGAUCCAAGCUGACGUCCUCUUUAACCACAACACCAACAUCUACUUUGGGGAUUUCUACUGCAUGUACACGUCCUACCACUACAUCAUCCUGGUCCUGGCUCCUGACGGCUCCAAGGGAGACGUCUUCUGUAAAGGGAGGCUGCCGGUCCUGGACAGAUCCAGCAACCGCCUCCUGACCUGCACCGAAGGGGAGGACGGCUCGCUGUCUUUUCAUCACGCUCAGGACGUCAUCCUGGAGGUGAUAUAUACGGAGCCGGUGGAUCUGUCUUUGGGAACCGUAUCACAGAUCAGUGGCCACCAGCUUAUGAGUCUGUCCACCGUCAACGCCAAGAAAGACCCAAGCUGCAAGAUCUGCAACAUCAGUGUGGGACGUUAACAGGAUCUUCAGACUGGACAACCGGCUAAUCUGCUGUUAACUAGUAGUAGCUAACAAGCUGCUAACUGAAUUCCACUACCUCACAGGAAGCUGCUGGAGGACUGAGCUGCACAUCGUCUCCUCAUCUCACUUUCUCUGAACUCAUCAUGAAACCUUCACUUCUGAUUUUCACCCUCUGAAGCUGCUCCUUAAAAACAGAUGGACAAUCAUGCCGAACGCCGACAGACAGGGUAAACUGAACACGUCUAAGUUUGAGUUCAUGAGCCUGAGGACACACUGACCGACCAGCAGCAGAUAGGAGAUUACAGAUUAUACUUGUCACCAUGGCAACCCCAGAGUCACAAAGCUCUAUUUUUCUAAUCAGAUAGAGAUGUAAAAGACACAUCCUGUUACUCUGUGAAACAGCCUCUUAAACUCAACCCUUAUUAAUCCAGUCCCAUGAGGGAUAUAAACAAGUAGCAGAAUUAGCUGUGAGCAGCUCCUGACUGCAGGUUAUCAUGAUGUUCACACAACUGUCACUGAAUCACUGUGAUACUGAAGGAAACUUAAAAACAGGAGGUUUCUAUGGAUUAAAUCACAUUUAUGGAUGUUCAUUCACACUGAACAUGGGCAGGUCGUCUUAUCUGCCAGCAUCUCACGCAGGUAGAUGUGAAAUAAACUCCAAUGUACUAACAUUAAGAUAACUUUAGAGGUGACUGGUGUUGACCAGAUGAAUCUUAAACUGUAAAAAAUCUCCAAAAACAGAAAAUGUGGUGAUAAUUAAAAGUUACAAUAUUUACUCUGA